AUGUCUUUGUGGAUCGACAAACCCGAUACUCUGCAACGAGAGAAAGUGCACAUCAAAGCGAGACAGUUGAAACCGUUCCAAACCUAUAAGAUGAUCAUGAGAUUGAAACACAAGUAUGGAGCCCAUGCUGCCUAUGCCGUGUUUAAAGCUGAUGCCAGUGGUGAAAUUGAUGUCCCCAGCUCACGUCCUCUUCGGGGAACUUAUUUUGAAGCCGAUCCGAUGGGGUUAUUUUUAAGCCAAACUGCCACCCCUGAAUUUGAUUUCGGAGGAUAUUUACGUUGCUCCCCUCCUGUUCCUUUCGUCUACCGCUUAGAGCUAUAUGAUGAUCGUGAAGUUCUGAUUGAUACGUUACUGAUGAAGAAACAUUGGAUGCACCCCAAUCUAACGCGAACUGAAAUCGAAGAAAAUGGCUUCUGCGGAACAUUGUUCAAACCUCCGGGUGAUGGACCUUUCCCUUGUGUGAUAGAUAUUUCUGGUACUGGCGGAGGUUUGCACGAACACAAAGGAGCCAUGUUAGCUUCAGAAGGAUUUCUUGUUUUGAGCUUGGCUUUUUUCCAAUAUAAAAGUCUUGUAUCUCGCCUGGAGGAAGUAGACAUAUCAUACUUUAAAAAGGCAAUCGAUUGGCUAAUAUCCAGACCUGAUACUGUUGAUUUCAUAGGAAUCCAAGGCGUCUCUUUUGGAGCUACAAUUGUCGACAUUUUAUCGACUAGAUUCCCUGAGAUUAAGGUUGUAGUAUCAAUCAAUGGACCAUUCCUUCAGAACCGAUAUUGCACUCUCAGAGAAAAUGGGGUGGCACUGCAAGAAGCAGAACUCGAUCAAAGCAAAAUUCGUUUUAUCAAUCGCGUAUUAGCAACUGAUCACAUACUUGAUAAGCUUGUACCAACGCCUGAGACCAUAAUCCCAUUCGACAGAGUAGCUAAAGAUGUAGCAUAUCGAUUUGUGGCUUCAACUGAUGAUCUUGUGAACAACUCUCUCUAUGCUAGCAGACAGAAGAUUAGACAGUUGCGUGAAAGUGGUCAUAACAAGUUAGAAAUUGAUAUUGUGAGCGGUGGUCAUAUCAUGGAGCCUCCAUAUUUCCCACACCAUCACGUCGUGUAUGCGAAAAAUCAAGGCUUUUACUGUGGUUAUGGUGGAGAAGUUCUUCUGCAUUGUCGUAGCCAAGAGCAAAGCUGGCUAAGAACUAUCUCCUUCUUUUCAAAACAUCUAGGAACUCCCUUAGAAAUGCCUGAUUGGGAUCGCGAACUUAUAAUUGCUGAACCUACGCCCUACAGCAAGCUUUAA